GUCAAGACUCGAAGUUCGCGGACCUCGUCGCCAAAGGCGGCGGCGGUGGCGGAAGCGACGGAACCAAGAAGGGAAAAAAUGGCGGCAGCGGUGGCGGUGGCAAAUACGGCAAGGACGGAGGCACGGCCACGCAGCCCACGCAGAGUGGCGACUCCGGCGCCUACGGCAGUGGCCACGCUGGCGGUUUCGGUACCAAAGACACCUGGAAUGCUGGAGGUGGAGGAGGUGCCGGAAGUAAGGGAACCAAGGGCACGAACUCUGUCUGCGGCAAUGGUGGUGCCGGCAAGGAGAUCUGCAUCACCGGCACCUGCGUGAUGUAUGCAGGCGGUGGCGGCGGUGGUUCCCACGAUCCGGCGUGCAGCUCCGGCGGUAAGGGUGGUGACGGUGGCGGCGGCGGUUGCGGAACACCCGGGGGCAAGAACCCUGGUCAGGCUGGCCGCAACGGCCUGGGCGGUGGUGGCGGAGGUGGAUCCACGAACCACCACCACGGAGGUAAAGGUGGCAACGGAGGCAAGGGCAUCGUGAUUCUGAAGAAGAACGUCCCUGGACCUGCCAGCUGGACCUUCACGGAGGACAGCACCUGGACCGCGACCUUCAGUGGGUGUGCCAAGAUCUUGGUGGUUGCCGGUGGUGGUGGUGGCGGUGGCCGCUCCGGUGGCGGUGGUGCCGGUGGUGGUUUGGUCGCGAUGGACUGCUUCAAGGUCACCAAGGGCACCCCCUACACCGUCAAGGUGGGUGCCGGCGGCGCCGGUGGAAGCGGGAGCGGAGGGGACGGCAAGGCCGGCAAGGACUCGAAGUUCGGCGAGUUGGUGGCAAAGGGUGGUGGUGGCGGAGGCAGCGACACGCAAAAGAAGGGCUACGAUGGAGGAAGCGGCGGCGGCGGCAAGUAUGGCAAAGCUGGCGGGCAGGCCGUGCAGAACUCGCAAUCGGGGAAGUCCGGGAAGUUCGGCUUCGGACACAAGGGUGGAUCUGGCACCAAAGACACCUGGAAUGCGGGAGGAGGAGGUGGCGCAGGUGAGGUCGGUGAAUCUGGCACUAGCAGCCACUGCGGCGAUGGCGGAAAGGGCAAAGAGAUCUGCAUCCUCGGAACGUGCGACUUCUAUGCGGCUGGCGGUGGGGGUGGCUCCCACAAUCCCAAGUGCUCCUCCGGGGGACAAGGUGGAGAAGGCGGCGGUGGCGACUGCGGCACACCCGGGGGCAAGAACCCAGGAAAACACGGCGAGGACGGGAAGGGCUCCGGCGGUGGCGGUGGCUCCACAACCAGCAGCAGCGGGGGAAAGGGCGGCAACGGUGGCAAGGGAAUCGUCAUCAUUGAGAAGCAGAAGCACAAGGCCGAAGCCGACGAGCCGUUGUCCACAUUGGCCGAGAACAACUUCAACGACCGAGGAAAUUCCGGCCUCGACACGAGCAAGACGUAUGAAUACACCCUCAGCAACGGCUACAAGUGCGCUCUCAAGGGCUGGACCCACACGCGCGGCUACGCCAAGGGCUUCCUUCGCAACACAGGCGGCAAGCCGACGGCUGUUGUCUCUGGCUUGACGGCGGGCCAGCUUUAUGCAUGGAAGGUCUACCAGUUCGCGUCCAACUUACGAAAAAGCACUGCAAAAGGUAAGAUCACCUUCGAGUUCGAGAGGACAUCGCAUCACGUCCAUCUCUCCGGAAUUGCCCUGGGCAAGGUGGGUGCGGAGGCGGGGCACAGGCAAGGUGCAUUAUGGUAUCGUAACUGA